CAGGCUCUGACCCUGCUUCAAGCCACUCCUAUUCUUCGGCCGACCUCUGAUGGUCACGUGGAGCUCCUCGCCACGCAAGUCUGGGUCCUGCGAUCCACCGGGGUCCUUGCUGUCUGGGAGCCACUCCUAAGCUGCCUGUUCGCGCGAGAGUUUGGAGGGGCGGGUUUGGGGUCGGUCUCCGGUGUGGGAUGCGUACUGUAGCGCUUCUGAGCCCUGCUUAGGAAUCCAUUUAGGACUCGAGGAGCUGGCUCAGGCAGUCACCGGGGCACCCCGUGUCUGGAGCGCGCAGGAGCGCUCUGGAGAAGCCUGGACAGCCCCGCUCUCCCGCAGCCAGGUGCUAGGGUCGGGAGCUAAAGUGAGAGUUCGGCUGUCUUCCAGUGCCUGGGCCACGGCGGCGGCCCUGGGAGCAGAGGUGGAGCAACCCCAUUGCGUCAAAGAUGAAAGGCUGGGGUUGGCUGGCCCUGCUUCUGGGGGCCCUGUUGGGAACUGCCUGGGCCCGGAGGAGCCAGGAUCUACACUGUGGAGCUUGCAGGGCUCUGGUGGAUGAACUUGAGUGGGAAAUUGCCCAGGUGGAUCCCAAGAAGACCAUUCAGAUGGGCUCUUUCCGAAUCAAUCCAGACGGCAGCCAGUCAGUGGUGGAGGUGCCUUAUGCUCGCUCAGAGGCCCACCUCACAGAGCUGCUAGAGGAGGUAUGCGACCGGAUGAAGGAGUAUGGGGAACAGAUCGACCCUUCCACGCACCGCAAGAACUAUGUACGUGUCGUGGGCCGGAAUGGAGAAUCCAGUGAACUGGACCUACAGGGCAUUCGAAUUGAUUCAGACAUCAGCGGCACCCUCAAGUUCGCGUGUGAGAGCAUUGUGGAGGAGUACGAGGAUGAACUCAUUGAAUUCUUUUCCCGAGAGGCUGACAAUGUUAAAGACAAACUUUGCAGUAAGCGAACAGAUCUAUGUGACCAUGCCCUGCACAUAUCGCAUGAUGAGCUGUGAACCACUGGAGCGGCUCAGACUGACAAGCUUGAUGGAUCACCCCCAGGAGGGGAAGAGGGUAGCAAUGCCUUUUAUAUUAUGUUUUUACUGAAAUGAACUGAAAAAAUAUGAAACCAAAAGUA